AUGGAGUUGCUCGACCCAGCAAUGUUCACACCUUUAGUAUGGUCGGCGCUCGCAAUGGCUCCUAUGGAGCAAUUCAGAGACCUUCGCCUGUUUGAGUUCCCCCGUAUUCCCGCCAUGAUGGGGCAUCUCAAAGGCUGCCUGCCCGUACUCAUGAUCAUUUUCCUUGCCAGAACCCCGGCUCCGAGACAUGAAGAUAAGGGUGAUGCAUCCGUUUCCACUCCUACCAACAAGAAAAAACGGAAGAAGGGCAAGAAUGAGGCGGAUGACGCGGAUGAUAAAAGCAAGAAGCCGCGCGACCAGAAAACCAGAAAACUCGCAUUCGAAAGGGACAAGGGUACCUGUGUGUUGACCGCUGCGCCUUUCCCUCAGGUUUGCCACAUCAUUCCACACAGCGCUCAGGAGCACAGGACAGAGGUAGAUGAGGCGGUGAAGGAGCUUUCAGCCCUUUGGGGGCCUCAGGUUGGAGCUUCCCGCGCACUCCUUACUGAGGAAGGCUACGAUCAGCCUCGCAACAUAACCUCUUUGAACUGUGCGUUCCACACUUUCUGGGGCAAAGCGAUGGUGGCCCUGGAGCCAUUCGAGGUUGGCCUAUUCCAACACUCAGCACGGCUGAGUCCUGUGGCGAAUCAUUGA